GUAUUUAAGGAGGCUGUGUAAAAAAGAUUUACCUCAAACGUGCUGAGUAUUUUCAUGAAACACGUCUAUCCAGGCUGCCAAAAUGAAGUCCUGGUUGCUAAUUCUUGGAGCUGCCAUCACGGUUCUUAAUCACGCUUCCCAUGCUGCUGCCGAAAGGAAAGUGGUCUGUUACUAUGGGAGCUGGUCAGUUUAUCGUCCUGGAGAUGGAAAUUUCAGGAUCGAUUUUAUUGAUCCUAAUCUCUGCACUCACAUUAUCUACACCUUUGUAGGCAUUGGGCUUCAAGGAGACAUCAGAAUUCUGGAUAAUUGGAAUGAAAUUGAGAGGGGUGGUUUUCUUCACUUUAAUGAUCUGAGGAAAAGGAAUCCCUCACUCAAGACUUUGGUUGCAAUUGGUGGCUGGAAUGAAGGAUCCUCCACUUUCUCAUCGGUGGUGAAUGAUGCAUCUCGAAGGGCUGCGUUUGUAAACAAUAUUGUUAAGUUUGUUGGAGAAUAUGGAUUUGAUGGAUUUGACUUGGACUGGGAAUACCCUGCUCAACGAGGAGGCGCAGCAACUGACAAGGCUGUCUUUUCACUUCUGAUUAAGGAACUUCGUCAGAAAUUUGAUAAGCAUGGAUACCUACUGUCGGCAGCUGUAGCAGCUACCAAGUCCAGUGCAAGUAUUUCAUACAACAUUCGUGAACUAGGAAAGUACCUGGAUUUUAUUAAUGUCAUGACUUAUGACCUGCAUGGACCAUGGGAUCCUGUAACAGGGCACAAUGCUCCACUCUAUGCCGGUUCCAAUGAUGAUGGCCUGACUGUGGAUGCUGCCAUACAAUACUGGAUCAAGGAAGGGGCUCCAAGUGAGAAGGUCAUAUUGGGCAUUGGAACAUAUGGACGGUCUUUCACAUUGAGUAGUAGUGUAAAUGACUGCAUCAUUGGAGCCCCAGCAACUGGAGCAGGACAUGCUGGACCUUACACAAGAGAGGGAGGCAAUCUUGGAUACAAUGAGAUCUGUGAAAACCAGUCAAAAUAUACUGUGCGAUGGGAUGAACAGCAGAAGGUACCAUUUGCAUGCUUCAGAGACCAGUGGGUUGGAUAUGAUGAUAUCAAAUCUGUUACAUAUAAGGCUGAAUAUGCUGUAAAACAUGGACUCGGUGGUGUCAUGAUAUGGAGUUUAGAAACAGAGGACUUCUUAGGAAAGUGCAACGGUUACAAGUACCCUCUGCUCACUGCAAUAAAUCGUGUGUUAUUUGGUGGUGUCACUGCUCCACAGAAGCCAUCAACAUCCCAGCCACAAUCUACUACAGCUGCUACCACAACCGCAUUACCACCUGCCAACCCAACUGAACGUCCAGCUGCCUCAACAAGUGCACCUUCGGACCCAUCUCAACUGUGCACCCGAGAAGGAUUCAUCAGAGAUCCGUAUGACUUGAGGGUUUUCUACCAGUGCCUUAAAGCUUCUGGCAAACUUGUUGCCCACCGUCUUGAGUGUCCUAAAGGUCUUAUAUUUGAUACUUCAUUGAAUGUGUGCAAUUGGAUAGAUGCAGUUGCAAACUAACAGUCAUGAAGGGCAAACUGUUUAGAAAGAAAAAUGUCUUCAUAUAGUGUAGUUAGUUCAGGAGAACCUGCUUUCAAAAUCCAAUGUACAGAGUUCUUACAUAGAUGCUGUAACUUACAUAAACGUACUGUACUCUACUGGAACACAGUCCUCUUUUGUUAUACUUAUAUAUAUUUAUGGGUGUGUCUGUGAGGAAGUGUCUGUUACAAAGACUCAAAGAAAAGAGAUUUUCCAGGUGUUACUGUGGUACUGUAUGAUAACAACAGCAAAAACAGACCAAGAUAUGUAUACAUCAGUCAAACAAUCUGUACGAUACAUUCACAAUUUCUUGGAUUCAGGAUUAAUGUAGAACAAAGUGUGCAAAUAAAUUCAAUUGCAGUUAU